AUGACGGAGUUACGACCGAAUAGUCCGCUUCCCCUCGCAAACGAAGACUCCUGUGAUAGCGAUUCCGACGCCACCGUUAUUCUUAAAGACGACGAAUCCGUCGGUUUGCGAAACACUAAAUUCCAAUCCGGGUUGUCUUUUGCUCGAUUCAUCUCCUUCCACGGAAAUGGCACUACCGAUGGCGACAUUGUCUCAGCAACGUCGGCCGACACCAGCCAAAAGCCUUACCUCACUACACUUUCAUCGGAGUUGUCAUUUCUGCAGAACAAUCCGUACGUGCUCUCUGCUACCCUACCACCCGGAAGCUUCAUGUUCACAGACUGUCGAAUUCAGAUGGCGAUGGAUGAGCGUAGAAGUCGCCAGGUGUCCGGAAAUGACGUGGCCUUCUCUGCACCCACCUCUUCGAGCCCUGAAAGCAGCAAUUGCUCCAGUCAAGGAACCAUCCAGCCUGCCUCGUCGUCUUCAUCAACUCCUCCGCCUGCUCGACCUCUGGCAAUUAAGCCGUCCUUGAAGGAUGUUAACCGCCCCAACGACGUCCACCUGUCCGAGCUGCGGUGUAAGAAUCGUGAAGCCGCGCGAAAAUGCCGAGCGAAGAAGAAAAACUACAUUCAACAAUUGGAGCAUAAUUAUAAAGAGCUCAAGAUGAAGUAUGCGCUCUGCCAACAGGAAAAUGAUGAUCUCAAACGAUUCAUAUUCCACCAUAUUGGUGUGAAUCUAACCCCCAAACCCGGCAAUCCACCGGCUAAAGCGUCUCCUGCCAUCGCCCCGGUCCAGCCUCCAACUGUCCCAGUGGUUGUGAACGUUCCGCCGACGACACCAGUGCAUGUUUUUCAAAUCCCCGGUCAGUUGACGCGCCAACCAGUUCUCGUGAAGGUCAUGCAGCCACCGAAGGAGGGCGAAGCGGUGUCGAAGGAGGGCUUAGAGUCAUUCAAAGAUUUGAAACUCAGGGACGAGUUUGGUGUGGUGCCGGCGCUGUACACGGGGUUGGCGGGUAACAAGGCCUUGGCGACAGAGCCGCCAGCCAAGACUGGCGUGUUUCCGCAUCCCGCUGCUGCCGCCGAGUUUCAACGCGGUGCCGAGGCACAACGCGCGCAGGACAUGCGUAUCCUCCGCACCACCCAGGGUAUCCACGCGCCCCUUCGACUGGCGAUGGAGGAACGCGUGCUCCAGCGCAUGACACCCCACCUGCCCGGUCUCUAUAGCCACCAUCCAUUGGCUGCCCAGCUCAAUGGCGCUCUCGACACUAUCGAUUUCUGUGACAUUCUCAAUAGUAAGUUCUUGCCUACUCAAUUUUAA